AUGUCCGAUAAUAGAGUGUGGAAAUUAGUAGAAUUUCGUAAAGUUUUAAAAUCAUCACUUUUAAAUGAGUAUUUAAAACUAAAAAGAAUUCUAGAGGACAUGUUAAGAGUUUUAAUGCAAGGUUUGCUAAGAGAUAUACUAAAAGGGAAAGAAUGGAUUAUAUACAAACUUUCCGAUGC